AAUGUUAUACAAAGCUACCUGGAUCGUUACAAAGAAUUUUAUUCAGCAAUCGUAGUAGGUUAUAUUAUAACAGGAAUAUUCUUCACAUCGAUACCAUUAUUCUUGAGCCAAAAUCUACCAUUGGAUGGUUGGAUCCCAUUCUCUACCGAGUCAUUUGGCAUAUAUUGCAUAGUUUACUUCGUAGAAGCCUAUUGCAUCUGGCAGGGAGCACUCGUCUUCGUAAUCAAUAUCACGGUCGUUAUUCUUUUCUGUUUCACCGCUGCCAGACUGGAUAUAUUAGGUACCAAGUUGAAACAGGUAACCUGUCGUGAACUGCUGGUAAGCUGUGUCAAAGAACAUCAAGAGAUAAUAGGGUGAGUUAACACUGUUUUCUAGUAGAGCUUUCUUAACUACUUUAAAAAUAUUUUUAAAUAGUAAUGGUUGCUUUGUAUUAGAUUUUUGGGUGAUAUCGAAGACGCUGUUCAAGCUUUGCUAUUUAAAAUGAAUGUCAUAAUUGGACUCAGUGUCGUAUCUGCAACUUUCCCGAUGCUUUACAAUCAAUCGUUGGCUGUAAUGGGACAGUUUUUGAGUCUGCUUAUAUCAGGCUGCGUACGAAUGUACAUUAUUGCCCAGUCGGCAGAAGAUUUGAGAGAAAGUAGUCAACGGUUCUCAAUAUCGGUUUACAAUAUUCAAUGGAUAGGAAAGUCACGAAAAAUGACAAACAUUGUAUUGUUUAUGAUGCAGAGGAGUGAGAAACCAUUUGAGGUUUCAAUGGGUGGUUUCUUUCCAGCCCUUUCAUUGGAGUAUUAUUCGCACGUAAGCACGUUUUAUGUAAAUUUCAUUGUGAUUAAUUUUAUCGUAUUGAAAAUUACAAUAAUUAUUGUUUACAAUCAAUCUGCAGUUUUUGACUACCAUAUCUUCCUAUUUUAUGGCGAUGAGAACCACCAUAAAUUCUUAAUUUUUCCGGUAUGUAUCGUGUCUAAAAAUGAUGAAAAAUUCGUUGUAUUUUUUUUUUCCUGUAGGUAACCAAUAGAGAUAGCUUUCAAUCUGUUCAACUGACAUGGACUUUCAUUUCUUUCCA